AUGGACAAUACGGACAGACGGGAUACCCAAGCUACGGAGGGUCGGCGCCCGGUCCUAGAUUUACCGCCGGAGCACAACAGGGUGGAUCCGGAGCCAAGUGAUCAUGACUUUGAUGUUAAGGCUAGGGAGAUCUUAUUAGAAGCUCUGGAGGCUGUGGGGCUGGACAAAACUCUAUUUGGUGUCCAUAGUUUAAAGUCAGGCGGACCCACUGCUGCUGCAGCGGCUGGUGUUAGUGACAGACUGUUUAAGAAGCACGGCCGUUGGAAAAAUGUCCGUCUAGUGGAUGGCCCAACACAGAACCAAGGUCGUGUAGAGAUUUACAACAAUGGACAAUGGGGAACAGUCUGUGAUGACGAGUUCGAGACCGAUGAAGCCCGAGCAGUUUGUAACGAGUUAGGCUACAGGUAUGGAACUGCCUUUGAGAGAUCACAUUUUGGAAAUGGAGAUGGAGAAAUAUUUGUGGAUAAUCUGGACUGUUCCGAUCGCUCUUCUGGCCCGAACCAAUUACGACUAGGAGGGAUAUUAUGUAAUUUUAAUGGAUGGGGCGAUCAUAAUUGCAAUCACAGAGAGGACGCUGGUGUUGUAUGUGAAGGAUGUGAACAAGGAAGUUUUGGACAGUUUUGCUCCUCCAAGUGCCACUGCAGGUCAUCUGAGUGUGACCAUGUAACGGGUAAUUGUAUACAUCAACCGAGCGGAUGUUUGGAUGGAUGGACUGGAGCUCGAUGUGAUCAAGCAUGUGAAGAAGGAACUUUCGGCCCUUCAUGCAGCCAGAUUUGUCACUGUGAGAUACCCGGAUGUGACGGUACAACUGGCAUAUGUACAGGUGGGAUCUGUUUACCUGGGUGGCGAGGAACAUCUUGUGCACAGGGAUGUGGCGAAGGGACUUUUGGUCAGUCCUGUUCUUCUAGAUGCUACUGCAAAAUCUCCGGUUGUAACCCGGUCACCGGUGUAUGUACAAAUCAGUCGGCAGGAUGUUCUGAUGGAUGGACAGGGGAUAGAUGUGACAAAGCAUGUGGAUAUCAAACCUUUGGCGAAUCCUGUUCAAACACCUGCCACUGUAGGUCCUCCGGCUGCAACCCAGUAAGUGGAGUGUGUAAAACUCCAGGGGAUUGUCUGGAAGGAUGGACGGGAGAUAGCUGUUACCAAGCGUGCAGAAUUGGAACAUUCGGUAAUUCCUGUUCCUCCAGAUGUCACUGCAGAUGUUCAGGUUGUGACCCGGUAACUGGAAUCUGUACAAACCAGACAGAAGGUUGUGAAGAUGGAUGGACUGGAAAUUCGUGCAGUCAAGUAUGUGGACUUGAGUUAUUCGGUACUAACUGUUCAGAGAUGUGUCGCUGCCUAUUACUCGGAUGUGAUCCUGUAACUGGUGUUUGUAACACAAGUGGCUGUCAAUCUGGAUGGAAGGGACAAUCCUGUAAUAUAAGCUUCAAAAUGGAACGCCCAGUGAAUUCUCCGGAACCUCUUGGUAACAGCUUCGUUAUUCCCGUAGCGUUGCUGAGUGUUCUACUGGCUGCUUCAAUUGCGAUAAAAAUUGGCCUAUACAUCACUAGAAGGGGGAAACCGAUAAGUAAAACUGACCAAGACCCCUGCAUUUCGAAUAUUUCUCGUCGUCAGUUGGAAUCUAGUGUGACGUCAGAAUCAGAUUAUGAAGAUUAGGAAUACCUGAACACGUCAGAUACCAAAGGGGAUAUGACCGUCUACAGAUUCAUAAAUAAAAACCGGGACGACACACAAAUAUCUGGUUUUAAGACAGUAUUGUAAUGUAUACAAUGAUGGGAUGUAAAUAAUUUCUUUUCAUGAUAGAAAAUAUAUAAUUUUUUCAAUAUCUCAUCAAGCAUUUAAGAGGGACAGACCGUAUACUUUCCUCCCAAGUAUGUGUACGCAUGGAAUGUUACAUCUUGUGAAUGAUAUCAAGUUUGCUGUGGGUUAUAUUGAAUUAUCUUAUCACGCUGACAAACAGUGGAUACCACGUACAAAUAUAAACUUAUAAAUGCAGUAAAUAUACAUUUAUCAACAUUAAAAAUAUCAUCUUAGAUGUGAUAGUUUUUACAAUGUUUGCUUGUAGUAACCCAAAAAAACAUCUAAUAGUUCAUAGACCUCACAUAAAAAUAGACACGCAUUCCCCUUAGUAUUAAUUACAGAUAUUACAUUUUACAAAAAGAAACUGCGUUUAUCCCAAGAUAUAGAUAGCCAGAGAACAAAAACACUUCUGAGGAAACAGAAUA